AUGCCAUUCUUCUCACGCUACCACACUCCCACCUCCGCCUUCCCCUCUGACGUCUUCCGUUUCCUCGACGAGCUCAAUCAAGCAGUUGCUCCAACUACAAGCUCCAGCGUUAACAAGCGCGCAUUCUCCCCCAAUUUCGAUGUUCACGAAACCGACUCCGCCUAUAUUCUCGAGGGUGAACUUCCUGGACUCGAUGACAAGUCCAAGCUCAACAUUGAAUUUACGGACGACAAUACCCUUCAUAUCAGCGGUAGAAUCGAGAAGUCGGUCACGAGAACCUCCGAUGAGUCAAAGCCAACCGAGGCAGGCGAGGGUGAGAAGAACAAGGACAAACAAGUCGCUAAGCAGGCAGAUGACAGCCAGAAGCAAUUGUCGAAGCAGUCUGAGGGACAGCAAUUGAGGUAUUGGGUUUCUGAACGCACUGUUGGGGAGUUCCAGAGAUCUUUCUCAUUCCCCGGAGGUGUCGAUAUCGAUAAUGUUAAGGCGAGCUUGGAAAAUGGACUUUUAAAGAUUGUAGUCCCAAAGAAGGAGGUUGUUAAGGGAAGGAAGGUUGCAAUCAUGUAA